AUGCACCGAACCAGUUUGGUGCAGGUCAGCGUUAUCAGAGAUAAGGUGGAUGAUGGGGUGGAGACGAGGGACGGGAACGGUCCCGAGGAUCCGGUCAACGGAUAUCCGGUAGAGGAGGACGAGCCGGUAGAUGGCAUGGUUGAUAUAUACAAGAAUCUUGGAAGGAGAAUGGCAAUGGAAAGCUUAGGGUUGAUAUGGAGGGAAGGACCACAGUGGAUGGGAAAGGCCCGUAAUCAAUUAUGGGAAGGACCAUGGGGGAUGGGAAAGACGUUACCCUCUUGGGCGUGCUUUGCCUUCGCACUUGGCUUAUUUCUGGGGCGCUACACGCUGCUGCAGACUUAUUCUCAUAUUUCAGGUGUGUCAAUCAUUCACCUUUCACUCGUCAAUCUAACCGCCCUCGUCACUUUACACCACUUUCAAAUCUCAUCUCACACGUUUAUCUACGACAUCGCUACUCGACAAUCUGUUAAGACUUUGCUAAUUGGAUACCACUAUCGUCCAACUGAUGUGAUCAAUGUCACAAGUAUCUGCGCACAAACAGCCACCUCACACUUACUCGCCCAUCUGUUGGCCAAACUGAAACAAGCACCCUUCGCAUCUCUCGACAUUCAUCUACUAGUGGCUGGUGCUCGACAAGGGUUGAGUGUGCCUCUGACCGCUGACCAACCAGCAAUUUGUCUUCUCAAAAUUCAGGGUCAGCUGAGUCUUUCAUUGGCCAAUCUCGCCGUCAGGGUUUCCCCCUGGGCUCGAAGACACCCCCACGCUCGUCGUCGCGCUGGGCCUAAGAGUGUUAUGGUCGACGACAACAACGAUGACAGUGAUCCACAAGAGUCAUCUACAACUCGUCGUCGUCCUCCACCCAAGCCUCGUCCGCUUGCACGGUCCAAACGUUCUAGCCCCAUGACCUCAUCCGCUGAGGAGGAGAUUUUCGAGGCCAGUUUCUCAAGGUGCUCAUCAAUAAUUCAAAAGACCCCUGAUGUCGAUACAGAUCAACAAUCCUGCCCAUCUCAUGUUCAACUUGCUGAUGGCACUUCAUUGACACGUGCCGAAUUCAACUCCCUUGCAGAUGAAGAAAUAUGCGCCGACACCCAAGAUGGCGAUGUAGAAACAACAGCUCCUGCAUUGGUUGCUGAAGCACACAGCACUACUGCGAGCAAGGAUCCAAAUCCUGCCUCUGAAAUUCAAUCAAAUGACCCCAAUGGUGGGACUUCAGCUACUCCUACUGAGUCGCACAACACAGGGCACGGAAGCAAGGAUCAUGGCAAGGAUACUUCAGCUGCCUGUGCUGAUUCACACAGUGCAGAGGAUGGCAGAAAUAAUUCUGCUACUCCUGCUACUGGCCGCCCGCAUAGGUCAUGCGGCGGCAAGUCAUAUGCACCUGAUCGUAACAACGGUGAAGAGAGCUCUCCAUCUGACAGUGACUGGGCUGCCGACCAAGAGCUGCGCAAGAAAGGACAACGAGCUGCUGUUGAUGCCGCUGCGAAUGAUGGUGACGACGACGAGGGUGUCCCUGCAAGCAACUCCCUGUCUCCAUCUCGGUUGAUGGCCACACAAAAGCAAAAGUCCAAGGUGAUGGUGGACGUCAAUGAAAACAACGACAGCGAAGACGAAGACUUUGUGAAGAUCAAAGGGAGAAUACCUCAAGCAGGUAUCUCAAAGGCGCAGGAGCUUGGAAAGAAUACGUUGGAAGCUGCCAGAGCAAUUGGAAAAGAAUAUGGGAAGAGUGCAAGGACGAUCCUCAUCCAAGCUGGGUUGACGAUGAAGGCAACCCGGAAGGAGUCUCCGUGGAACCAACAUCAGACAUGGUUUGCAGCUACCUGCCCCCCACCUAAAGGAGUGUCGGGAGCUGUGUUGCCAGCGGAUCUUAAGGCUUGGAGGGUGAAGCAACGAGCUCAUUACAAGGCCCACCCACAUGGUGACCCUCAGCACGCAUCAGUGUGGAAGGAGAUCCUGGAGAACUGGGAUCGUGCUGUUGCGGGUUCAACCGAGGACCUUACAUCACGAUCUGCUGCAGGUCUGAUGAUGGCUGUUCGUGAUGCUUUCACAAAAUCGGCUUCAUACUGGCAUCACACCCAUGGCAUUCACAUUGCCGGUGUGGCAAUAUUCCCUGGUGACAAAGAAGCAGGCCACCAAGCAUCAGGACUGUUCGCCGGCUCUGACAUGGUCAAGGCCCUCAUCAACUCACACCAACUGGAUAUUAAGCAUUGGCUAGAUGAGCUCACCACAAUCCUUAAGUACAAAGACUUGGAGGCCGCACACGCCAAAGGCAAGACUUUCAGUUUGCUCCCCCCUUCUUCCACCACUCCAAAUGGUACCCUCUUGUGUAACGGCAAGCCAGCCAGGGAUAGGAACAGAAAGGUGGUGCCCAUGAUAAUCAGUGAGAAAUUUGCUGAGGCCGGCCACCCACUCAAAACCUCGAACAGUAGGUGGUUGACCAUGUUGGACAUCCUGUAUGCCGAGAAGCUUUGCAUACAUGAUUGGCCCGCUGGUGUUCCCCCGCCUGGCCCCGAUUUUGAUCUCAAGGCUCUAUCUGCAAGUCAACUAUGCCUUGAUGACGACAAUGACGACAGCAAGGCAGAGGCAGCGAAGGCGAAGAAGCGCAAAGGCAAGUCCAAGAAGUCAGACGACAAGGGAAUGAAGAUGGGGCCGAUUGCAGAGGAGCCAAGUGUAGUAUUGCAUAUCAGCAGAUGGCCUGAAAGUGAUAUUCUUGCUCUUGAGAUGCAGGCCUCAAAUGUGUGUCUCAUCCCCCUCGUCAUCGACACUGACAGCAGGGUCGUUCACGCCCUCCAAGACUCGGAGAAGUGCAUCAAGGACCUUCCACAAGAUGACACUCCUAGACGCCGCAACAAUGAGCUUCGCACUCAACUAUUGGAGCUUCGCGCUCAACCAUGGGAGCUUCACGCCCCAAUCAGGAAGCUUCGCGCCCCAAUCAGGCAGCUUCACGCUUCAAUCAGACAGCUUCGCGCUUCAACAAUGCAGCUCCGAGCUCCAACUGUGAAGCUUCGCGCUCUCGAAACCCCACGCUCACGUCACCCUACUAAUCGAGUCUUUGACGACCUCCCGCCUUUGUCACCGUCAACACCAUCUUCGCAAUUCUCGUCUCCCCCUCCUAUUUCACGCUCGUCAACUCCAGUGCCAACUUCAGAUUAUUCGCACGUCCGGUCCCGCUCUCGAUACAAGCCGUCCUGCAAUGGAGCACUUCGACAUCAACAUGCAUAUGACGAUGUUAUGCCAACAUACAAUUCAGAUAUUUGCAAACGGACUCGGCCCCAUUAUGAAUCUGCUCAGGAGACUGAAGACUUGGAGCGUGAAACAGUAGAGGAGAGGCACCGUGUCAGGGUGCAUGACAAUUCCCAUAUACAUUCAGGGCGGGCCCAAUCGCAAAUUGUCAGCACCUCCCGUUCUCGUUUGCCAUCGUAUUUCUCUGUUGUGCCGCCCUCCCGUACCGGUUCCUCUGUUGUGCCGACCUCCCGUGCCAGUUCCUCGCAGUGCCGCCAUUAUCCAACUGUCAGAUCUCCGCAUAUUCGCCCAGCAUCUCCUGAUUGCCGUCUAAUCAUCGAGGAAGAUGAGUAUUACUAA